AUGGCAAUUCUCUCCAACAAACUCCCAGUGGGGGUCAGGUUCCUUCCCACAGACCAGGAACUGCUCGAUUACUAUCUCCGCACAAGGAUCGCCAUGGGUGACCAGUUUCGCACCGAUUUCGUCGCCGAUUGUCCUCAUUUCUACGGAGACAAGGAGCCCUGGGUUGUCUGGCAGAUCUACGGCGGCGGUGAGUCCAAGAAAGUGGAGGAUGAAAAUACUCUCUAUUUCUUCACCCAUCGGAGAAGGCUGAGUCCCACCGCCAAGAGAUUUGAUCGGAAAGUGGGUUCCGGCACUUGGAGUGGUCAAUAUUCGAGAGAGGUUGAGGAUGAUGGUGUUGUUAUUGGGCUCAAGCGGGACUUUCGAUACGAGGGCGGUUGUGACGAGAGUCACAACGACGCUUGGUUGAUGCAAGAGUUUCAGCUUGAUGAUGAUUCGGAUUUGGUACUGUGCUCUCUGAGAAAAAACCCUAGAAAGGGGAGCAAUACCAGAGUAGUUAAUGAUAAAAAGAGAAAGAGCAUUCCACAACCCAGAAAGCCAAAAUCUAAAAGGCAGAAAAAGGAAGGGACUUGUCAUCAGGAACAAGGCAGCAGCAGUACUGUUCAUCCCAAUUACGAGUUGCCCUAUCCACAAAUGGAUGUUCAUCCCAAUUACGAGUUGCCCUAUCCACAAAUGGAUGAUCUAGAUUUUUAUUUGCCUGAGAUUUAUCCAGAUCUGUUUGUUGAUGAUGGGCGUGAUUUAUUUACUAUGGAUGACUUGCUUGGAGAAACCCCAGUUUGGGAGGAGGGCAACAACUUCAAUUUGGGGGAGGAGGGCAACAACUUCAAUUUGGUUACAGGAGUACCACUUCUUUGA